AUGAGAUAUUACUACACAGGAUUUGAUGUUGAAAUUUCAAUGGAAGAUGUCAAGAUAACACUUGAUAUGUGGAUUAAUUAUUUCAAUUACUUUUUGUUUUGCAAAGAGAAUAAUCCACAUUUUUAUGAGUUUAGGAGUGUUUCUCUUCCUUUCAUGGCUCAAUUCUCAAAAUAUGAACGAGUACAAACCUUGGACGUUUUAUUUGGAAUGAAUAUUGUUCAAUUUUGUGGAAAGACAGAAUUGACAUUUUACAACAGAACUCUUCUUUGCCUUUGUAGUGAUUAUAGUACUUCCAGCAAUGAUUCGAUUACAUUUCGUUCAAUGAUGGGCGAUAAAUGUGCUGGAUCAAUGGAAUUAUUCUGGGUUCCAGCAGCAAACCAUUUGUCCUUGAAAGUCAUUGAAAUAGUUUUCUAUUUUAUUCAAUCUAUCACCUUACCAAUCUUGUGCUUGUUUCCAAUAAUUUUUCGAUCAGGAAUCAAAUGGAAAGAUCACAUGAAAUCACGAGGAACCUUAAACACGAUUGAAAAGGGGAUGAAAACUCCACGACAACAAGAACCAUCUGAGAAGGAAAAGAAUACUAUUUCCAAUAAUGAGCAAAAUACAAAUCCCAACCAAGUCAAAAUAGAUGUAGUAAUAGAUAAUACCCAGUCUCAACUGUGCACCAGUAAUAGAAGUAAUAAGAAAGAAUCAAAUCGUAACUCAAUGAAAGAACAAUUGAGCCAUGAAUUGGUGAGAGUUAUUUGUGAUUUGAAAUUGUUGGCAGGUAUCAGUUUAGAAUUCUCAAUUCUUUGCUUACUUGGCUCAGCAAUCCAACACACAGCCGAAUCAAAAGGAGGUGCUGUUUAUCCCACACCAACUCUUAUUGUUGCCUCAGUAGCAUUCUUGUGUGUUGCAAAUAUCCCACUGGCUGGAUUGUUUGUUGAAGUUUUGCUCAAACUUUCUGGAAAUAAUAAGAAAGUUUCUAUUCAUGGAUUGUAA